AUGCCGAAGUGGGACAAGACCCGCGACUACUAUUCGGACCUGGAGGUCUCUGCAAAUGCCUCCGCAGAGGAGAUCAAGAAGCAAUUUAGAAAACUGGCCCUCAAGUACCACCCCGACCGAAACCCGGGCAGAGAAGCCGAAGUGAACUCAAAAUUCCAAGUAAUCCAGUCAGCUCAGGAGAUUUUGACAGACGACACCCUAAGACGCCAGUACGAUGAGGCCCGCAAGAUAUACAGCUCGCGCUUCCCUAAAGCGUCGGGCGUUCGGGGCAACCCGUGGCAGGAUUUUGGCAAGGAGUAUCAACCACCUCCCACGAGACAGCCCGCUCAGACAGCUUCGAAUCGCCCUCACUCUGGUGCUCAGCGCUACGCUAGCUUCACCAACAAUAUACCUCGAGCAUCCAAGCCAACGCCUAGAGAUGACCCCCAAGCGCGUAAGAGCUACGCCGACGCCUGGGAUAACAUGAGAUCUUCCUCUACCCGGCGAGCGCCGCCUCAGGCUCCCGGCCGGGCACCUACAUCCGCAGCCAGGGAUACGAAAUCAUCCGACUCGGAGGCUGUCCCGCCUCGAACAGCCUAUCAGCAACAGAAGGCAGAGGCGUCCUUUGGCAGCAGGAGAACCGGCUUCGUCCCGCGCUCGCCGGGCGUGGCUGACGAACCCCCCGUUACCAGCAAGAACUACUUCACAACUCGAACGCACUCUAACAUCUUUAAUGACCCGAGUCCGGAUCCGACACAACCUGCUCCGACUUCCCAUCCUACCACCUCAAUUCCUAAGGAUCCACUCUCGCAAUUUCGCGAGAACUUCGGGGACUCGCGCCAUAGCACCCCGUACCAUACGCCUGGCGGCGAGAAGACGAGUCUGUUUGAUGACGGACCCGGAGUGGACCGUUCUACGAGUACGCGGUCACCUCGAAGACCAAAUAUGCCCGGCGCGUUCCCGGCAUCACGCCAGCGAAGCUCCAGUACUCCGAGAAGCUCAAGCAACGACGGAGGCUCCGAGGAUUCGACAAAACCGGGCGGCCGAAGGACGCCCAACAAUAGCACCGCUUUCCAGACGCGGCUUGGCGAUCGACAAAAGACCAAGCCGGGAGUGAACGGCAGCACUGCCCAACCAGCUCGGCCAGCAACAGCUGGCAAUCCCUCGACAACCACGACCGCGUCUACAGAUGGAGCGAAGUUCUCGACUGCAGCUGGAGGUUCAAGCGAGGCCAAUAAAGGCCCCUCAUUGUAUGCACCGCCGUCUACGAACCCCUCUACCUCGGCCCAUCCCAAAAGCCAGGCUACCAGACCGGAGGCCGGACGUGCACCCUCUUUUGCGUCCCGGCAGCCGGGCUGGCUUCCUCACUUCUCUGAUUACAAGCCUGAUGACCCUUCGAGUGGAGGAGUCAAGCAUAAGCCCUCUCUAUCGCUCUUCGAGAAAAUGCAGCGGAACGAUCUCGAUUGGCUCAUUGACGGAAAGAAAGUGGACAAGAGUGCAUUCGAGGCAACCGAUGGGGCUGCCCAUGUCCCUAUUUCUUCAGCUAAGAGAACCAAAACCGAAUACCGUACUAACGAUGCGCCCCAUUCUAGCUUCAACAUCCCGGUCGGAAGCAACAUAUCUAACGGAGGUACUGACAUGGACGGACUCUCCGGGCACAGUGCUGAUAAUAUCAACACCAAAUUCGUCGAGGACGAACAUCCGGAUGACUGGAAGUUUAGCGCAGGCACGACCUCAGCAGGCGAGCCGGUGACGCCUACCAAAGCGCGGGCACCGUCGCGCAACCGGAUCAAUCGCCGACAGACGGCAAAGCCCCGACCUGCCCAGCCAGAACGCAUGCCAUCGAUGCAGGAGAACUUUGCCAACGCUACCCAGCAGGGGUUCUCGGCAGGCGAAUGGAGCGACAAGAUAGGAUCGCAGCACUUUGAGCCCCAGCCCCCUCGUAGCACAUCGAAUUCGCCGACCCGUCGCGCCAACGCUAAGAAAUCCAGGCCUGUCAAGAUGACUGCAGGUUCGGCAGGAUUGGUGGACGACGAACUGAACGAAGGCCGGCCAGAGAAAACCCCGCCGCCCUCGGGCACCGUGCCGACCAGUGCCGACAGCUCAACGGCCAUGGACAUCGAUACGCCGCCUUCGCAAAAGGUCGAUGGUACUCCGAAGGCUUCCCAUGCCAAUGAUGCUCGCAAGAUUCCUGUCGAGCCCCACAGAGAAGAAUGGAGGGCAGGCGAUGUCAAUGGCGUACAUCCCAAGCCUCCGAGUCCAACUCGAGACGGAAAUCCCACCCAGGACCACGCUGCCGCAGCGUCAAUUCCCGCGCCAACCCCCUUCGUCGCCCAGCACGGCGGCUCGGAGGAUUCCGAAGACUUCCGCACCACGUUCUCCGACUUCAACAACGUGGCACCGUUCGCCGCCUCAGCUCCCACCGGCCUCAAGGACCUUGGCGACCUAAAGUCGACAUUGCCCUUCCCGAGCCGACCCUCGGAGCAGAUCCCGUUGGAGAGAGAGCAGCUGCCCAAGUUCGUGCCACUCAGCUUCCCCACGCCGCCGGUGGCCCCACGUCUCCCUCAGACGUCUGUCGGAUACCGUUCGAACCACGCAAAUUUCCGCAAGUACGCCCAGGAUUUCUAUCAGUAUAUGGAGAAGUGGGAGAACUUCAACACGAAAAUCAUGCGUCAUUUCUCUACGCGCCAGGAGCAUUUUGUGCUCCGCCGCCAACAACGCGGAUCGGCUUGGCUUGACGCGACGGCACAAGGCGACGGCGCGAAAGAGUACCUCCAAGAACUCGAGCAGGACCAGGCCGUUCGAACGCAAUGGGCCAAUGCUUUCGCAGACCAUCAGGCCAAGCUCCGCGAAUUCAUGACGUUCAGAGACGAGGUUAGAUAGGACUACCUGGUGAGCGGGUGUGAGUACAAGCCCUUUUACGCCGAGGGACAUACCGACUUCGGACACGGGCGCCGGUGAGGGAGCAUCUGAGCGGGCCGCGCAAGCGUGGCGCGAGGCGCUUGAUAGUUGGCCUAUAUACGCAAACAUCGCAAAUUAGCGGCACGUGGGUUAAGAAGAUAUACGAGAACGCAAAAGGUUGGUGGUCACGGCGUCUGUAACCUGUUGGUGAUAGGCGGGGCCGUUGGAAC